UUUUAUUUUUCGAAAAAAUGGGCGACGUUUACAAGGGUGAAAGUAAGAGCAUGUUAAGGCGAUACUCCAUAAGACGACAACUUUGACAUCAGAAACAAAGGCCACGUCACUCCGGCCAACUCCCAAUAAACCGGGGAAACGACAAAAGCGAGAUCUUUCCUCCACCACCGCUGCCGCUGCCGUUGCCACCGCCGCCUCCUCCACCACCACCAUUGCACCCUCCUCGACGGUAGGUUUAUGCAUAAACAGCUGUAAAGACCAACGGAGAGAAACCAAGAGUCUUGCAUAGUAUGCUGCUUACCUUCCCUUAACAUCUCCGUCAACCUUCGCCAUUUAAAUACUCCAUAAAAAGCCACCUCUUUGCCUCUCUUUCUAUAGCCAAAAAAUAAAUAAAUUCUCUCUCUUCUUUCUCUCUCUAGGGUUUUGGUCUUGACGCAAAGAUCUACCAAACCCACAUUCAUAUUCAUGGCUUUCUCGUCUCUUCUCCGAUCGACCAACCCACCACCUGUUCUUGAAGCAUCCCGUCAAUCACUCUCUGCCCCUUCAUUUUCUAGCCGAUCACAGGUGUCAUCGGUGAAGCUUCAGUCCACCUUAUUUGGUGCUGCCGUUUCCGGAGAAUCUUCGUCUUUACAGAUAUCUCACACACGCUGCAUCAAUCCAAUCAAAGCCACAGCCACUGAGACGCCUCCAACUGUUCCAAAGUCCAGUACCAGUGGCAAGACCAAGGUCGGAAUUAAUGGUUUUGGUAGAAUUGGAAGAUUGGUAUUGAGAAUAGCAACGUUUAGAGAUGACAUUGAGGUUGUUGCAGUCAACGACCCUUUUAUUGAUGCCAAAUACAUGGCUUACAUGUUGAAGUAUGAUUCUACUCAUGGUCUUUUUCAAGGAACCAUCAAUGUUGUUGAUGAAUCCACUUUGGAAAUCAAUGGGAAGCAAAUAAAAGUAACUAGCCAAAGAGACCCUGCAACAAUUCCAUGGGGUGAUUUUGGAGCUGACUAUGUUGUAGAAUCUUCUGGUGUUUUUACAACACUUGAUACUGCUUCAGCACACAAGAAGGGUGGUGCCAAGAAGGUUGUGAUCUCAGCCCCAUCAGCUGAUGCCCCUAUGUUUGUUGUAGGGGUAAAUGAGUCCACUUACAAGCCAAAUAUGGAUAUUGUAUCCAAUGCAAGCUGCACCACUAACUGCUUGGCUCCUUUGGCUAAGGUGGUUCAUGAGGAGUUUGGUAUCAUUGAAGGUUUGAUGACAACUGUACAUGCCACCACAGCUACACAAAAAACCGUUGAUGGGCCUUCAAUGAAGGAUUGGCGUGGAGGACGUGGUGCUGCACAAAACAUCAUCCCCAGUUCCACUGGUGCUGCCAAGGCUGUUGGGAAGGUGCUUCCGGAGCUAAAUGGAAAGCUUACUGGAAUGGCGUUUAGGGUUCCAACAGCGAAUGUUUCUGUUGUGGAUUUAACUUGUCGACUUGAGAAGAAAGCUUCUUAUGAAGAUGUGAAAGCUGCUAUAAAGUAUGCCUCUGAGGGUCCCAUGCAAGGAAUUCUCGGGUACACUGAUGAAGACGUUGUGUCCAAUGAUUUCGUUGGUGAUUCCAGGUCAAGUAUUUUUGAUGCGAAAGCAGGGAUAGGGCUAAGUGCGUCAUUUGUGAAAUUAGUGUCAUGGUAUGACAACGAGUGGGGUUACAGUAAUCGGGUGUUGGACCUGAUAGAGCAUAUGGCGUUGGUGGCAGCGGUUUCCGCCUGA